AUGGCAAAGCCAACGAGUGCUCCUAGCCCGGAUACGGGUGCUGUCAAUUAUUUCUCCAUCAAUCAUUUACUCCGGCAGUCAUCAUUUUCAUCUUCAAAAUCAACUGAUCCCAAAAAUAGUUCACGAAUAGAUGACGAAAGUCCCGGAACAUCCAGUAAACAAAUUACUAAAAAGGAACUAGAAACAGUGGUAGUAACAUCCAACUCUGAGUCAAGUUUGACAACAUCUGAUAGUGAUCGUUUACUUACUGCUUUACUAACGAAUGAUACUUGUGUACAAUCUCAUUUCUCACUGUCCUUAAAUCCCACUAGCGCAGCAAUUGAUUUACUGAAACAUUCGGAUUCUUCUCUGGAUCGAAAAUUCGACAAUGAUACCACUGCUACAUCACAUUUUGACGAGAAAUCAGUACUGGGAUGUCGCGAAACAACGAUACCGUUAUGGUUGAAUUGUGCUGCUGCAACUGCUGCUGUACUUCCUUUUGAACAAAGUUUCUUAAUGGCCCAAAGAUCUGCGUCAGUAUUCCCUCACUUGUGGGCAGCCUCAACUAGUACUGAUGCUUUGCGAUUAGUUUCAACCAGUAAAUCAUAUCGGCGUAGAAAAGCACGUACCGUAUUUUCGGAUCAGCAACUACAAGGUCUCGAGAACAGGUUUGAAACACAACGGUAUCUAUCAACACCAGAACGUAUCGAACUUGCUACUGUUUUGAAUUUGAGUGAAACACAGGUGAAGACAUGGUUUCAAAAUCGGCGUAUGAAACAUAAAAAGAUCGUCCGAAAGCAAAGUGACAGCUGCAUUAGCAAUGGAGACAAUGGUACAAAGACAGAUAAUGUGGAUUCAGACGAAAGAUGA